AUGGAUCCACCAAUCAAUCAAGAACAGCCAGCGGAGAGACAUUGGCCUCCUUAUAUAAAUUGGUUAAGAGUUCAGGUGCAAGAGUGGAACGUCCGAGUGGCUCAACUGACAGCUGAGGCGAAUGAAAUAUACGCUCGAGCGGACGCACCGGGAGCUACACUUGAGGCUCAAGAGGAUGCAGCAGAUGCAGCGGAGGCUCUAGCGGAUGCAAAGGAAGCUCGGGCGGACACAUCGGGAGCUCUGGCGGAUGCAAUCGAGGCUUGGUUGAAUGAAGAGGAGGCUUGGGGAGAUGAAUCGGAAGUGGAUCCGGUAGCAUGGCUAGGUGGAUGA